UAUUCAGUAUUUGAGCCUUCAAGAGAAUAAGGAAAGCCAGACAUUAUAGAGACAGAGGGACAAGGAACUGUUUAUCUCACAGGCUCCCACUUCAAAUCCACGGCAGGUACCCAGGGAGCCUGAAAUUUGGCAUCCAGAUUUUGUUCAACAGUCAGUUAUUUUCAUUAUUCACUUUCUCACAAAAGAUUGGAAACAUGGCUCCUCUAGCGCAUUGUGACCACUGAUGUCUGUUUCUGCAGAAGUAUUUCCUCCAUGCUUCUUGUUUCUUCAGAUAUUGUUUUUGUUAUGCGCUUAAGAGUUCAUUAAUGUUACUGUGAUUUCUUAGUUGUACCUUCUUUUGGAAUACGAUCACUACUUUUUUGGACUGGAUUUUCUUGAACCUCCUUCGCUAAUGUUGACCGAACCGUGUGGAACCAUGUCACUGGGCUCAGAUGUUCGCGAUCUGACCCUAUUACAACCUGCGCCUCCUGUGCCAUCCUUACCAGGAGCUGGUGGCGGCUGUGGGAUGUCUGUUGGCGGGGGCCCGUGGACCCAGAUGCUGGACCUCCACCCUGGCUCUCCAUACAGCUCCCUGCCCUCCCACCAUUCCCUCAUCAAGCAGGAGCCUGGCUGGGGCACCGCUGAUCCGAUAGAGGACCCUCACUGUGGACUUGGGGCCUUCACAGUGCAUUUCACUGGCCAAUUUACAGGCUCGGGCCCCUGUCGGACCGGGGCCUUUGGAGAACCACCUUCAAACCAGCCAAGAAUGUUUCCCAAUGGAACCUACCUGCCCAGCUGUGUGGACAGCCCUCCUACACCUAGGAAUCAGGGUUACGGAGCAGUCGGUUUAGACAGCAAUCCCAGUUACGGUCACACGCCGUCUCACCACACUCCUCAGCUCUCCAGCCUGUCAUUCAAACACGAGGAGACACUGUCACCGCCAAACAGCAUAGUUGACCAGCAAUUUCCAGCGCCUAAUCCUAUGUUCAGCUGCCAUAAUCCUUCAGACUCUUGUCCGAGCAGCCAAGCGCUGCUGCUGCGAAAUUACAACAGUGAUAACCUGUACCAAAUGGCAUCUCAGCUGGAGUGUGUAACAUGGAACCAAAUGAACUCCUUGGCAUCAUCUAUGAAGAGCGGCCAUCCAACCAGCUAUGACAGUGACCCCAUAGCCCCACCUCCACCCAUGCUUGUCAGCACCCAGUACCACAUACACACCCACGGUGUCUUCAGAGGACUUCAGGAUGUCAGACGGGUAUCUGGUAUCACUUCCCCUGCUGCGAAGACUUCAGAGGCCAGUGAGAAGAGACCGUUUGUGUGCGCUUAUCCCGGCUGCAGCAAGAGAUACUUCAAACUGUCCCAUCUGCAGAUGCAUGGCCGCAAACACACAGGAGAGAAACCAUACCAGUGUGAUUUCACAGACUGUGGACGCAGAUUUUCUCGCUCGGACCAGUUAAAGAGACACCAGCGCAGACACACAGGAGUGAAGCCCUUUCAGUGUGAGACGUGUCAGAGAAAGUUUUCACGGUCAGAUCAUCUUAAGACACACACUCGGACUCAUACAGGUAAAACAAGUGAGAAGCCCUUUACAUGCCGCUGGUCCAACUGUCAGAAGAAGUUUGCCCGCUCUGACGAGCUGGUGCGCCACCACAGCAUGCACCAGAGGAACCUGACCAAGCUGCAGCCUGCCAUCUGAGCAGCAAGAGGAGGAGGAGGACAAAGAGGAAUGUGACAGUAUGUUGUGCCAGCUAGUAGAAAAAGAUGCCUGGAUCCUGGUCAGCGGUUAUGGUGCUUUGCCAGACUUACCGAAGUGGCGAGCGCAGCUGACGCCUGCGUCAACGUCAAGACUCACAGAUGAUCCCCAAGGUCGUCAAGAUGCACUUCAACCACUACUAGCAAUAAAAGUGCCAUUUUGAGAGGGUAUAAUGCCACAGUAAUGCUGAGCCAAGAUUUUUGUUUUUAACUUCAUGAGAUGAGGAAAAUGUUGACAUACUAUUUUGAAUAUUUUGCGACACAUGCACUGGCUUCUUCUUUUGUUUUUAAAAUGGUCUCACCUCUUCAAUAUGUUGGACAUUGUAAACUGGAUUUAGAGCAAUAAGAACAACUCCUCAGUGUUUGUCUGUUAAGUUGAACACAGAGAAUCUUCGGUUGUGGGAAUGUCGACAUCUUUAUCUUCCUAAAGUGUACAUUAGACUGCCCAGAUUGCUUUGUAUAUACUUCAUGUGGUGCAUUUGCUCACAAUAUAUGGUGCCUUUUAUAUUCUUGUGCAUUUAUAAAAUCUUGAGUCACAUCAGUGCACGCUUGUGUUGGCGAGAGACAAAGGAGGUGUGGGUGUUGUCAGGUUAAGAGGCCACCUAUGAGACGAGGUGGGGGUGUGAGGUGGGUGACAGACAGUAAAACAGCACCCCUCUGUGACUCUGACAGGUUGCAGAUCUCACCCUCCUAAAUCUCAAGCACACAUCUUCAUAAAUAGGAACAUCUGGAGCCCAAUAAAUCUCAUUAGAAAAGACACAUACCUCAGUGUCAGCAGGCUGCUCUCCACUGACUGCCCCCUUAUACGCAGGCUGGGCCCCAAAAUGCACACAUGCACAUGCUUGAGUUCUUGCUGUACAUAAUAGCCUGCAGUUUAGAACAACACUUUACACCUUUUAUCCACAUGAUGGCAGUGUCAUCCUUUCUCGUCUUGCAAAUGGAACUUGUACUCAGAGUUCUCGACUGUGACUGAAUUCAUAUACUGUUUAUAUUUUACCACCUCAGCCUGAAGAUGUCCAAUUUAUUCUUGCAUGUUGAGUAUCAGUACAGACUAUAUUUCGGUCCGUGAAAUAUACAUGGUUUCAAUAGAAUGUGUGUUUUUCAGCUUAUCUGCAAAUCUAGAGGAAAGGCGAUGGGAUGAUUCAGCUUCAGAGGGUGUGUUAAUAAAAUAUGACUCAGUGUGGGCAGAAAGUGUUGUUGCAUGGCUCAUAGUAUGUUUUAACUGUUAUCAGUGUGCUCGCAUAUGGAAAGCACAGUGUACGUUUAAAGAAGACAUUUAUCCAACAGAAGCCCAAACAGGGCACAGUGUGUACCUGCUCUUUUCACGGCAGCCCUUUUACACUUGACGAAUUAACAAAGAUUAAAAUGCCUUUCUCCUA